GGCUGAGGCCAACAAGAUACUUCAAUACCCUAACUUUCGGAGUUUUUACUGCCAGCCUAAAGAACAAAUAAGUUUUUAAAACCAGACAUGGCCCUCUUUUCCCCCUCGCAGGUCGCCCUCAUCUGCAAAGCUCUGGAGGAGAGUGGCUCGUUCGAGCACCUGUCCCGUUUCCUCUGGGCUCUGCCGCCAUCCCUCACCUUGGGACAUCUCCAACGCUUGAGAUGCCCCCACACCAGGGCUCAUGGGAUGGAGAUCCUGUGCCCACCGGGCCUCCGGGAAAUGCCCUUGGCCAGCCUGAUGGGCUCCCAGCCCUUGGGGGAUCCCAGAUCGACCCACCUUGGAGACCACUUCCUCGGAUUUCCAUCCCAAAGCUCACCUGUCUGGAGAACGGGCUCUCACCUGCCAGGAACCUCGGCCCAAUACGGCAAGCAGAAAGCCAACCGGAUCAAGGAAAAGAUCCAGAAACUGUUGAGAGAGUGGUACCUGCAAGACCCUUACCCAAAUCCUUCCCAAAAAAGGAACCUGGCCCAGACCACUGGGCUCACCCCCACCCAGGUUGGCAACUGGUUUAAAAACCGUCGGCAGAGGGACCGGGCUGCCUCUGCCAAGCACAGCCGUCACCGGACGAAGGGCGAGGUGGGGAGACGAUCCCCCCAAAUUUAAAUAUCAAGCCAAGUGCAAGAAAGGAAGAAAAGGGGAAAGAAAAAAAAAAAACACAUGGAAUUAUAAAAGGGAAAACGGCAAAAGAAUGAAAGGAAAACAUUCCAAAGUUCUAUUUGGAGACUUUGGAGGGGGCGAUCGAACGGAAACGAUGGGGGAAUCUACUUGAAUCAAUUCUACCAACGGUUCGUUUAUUGGAAUCAGAUCUCCGGCUGAACAAUCCCCGGUCUGAUUCCCGAUCCAACCUUGAAUGAUCAAUUUAAAUACGCUUAAGGAGCACUUCAAACAACGAACAGUUUGGAUUCAAGGAUCCAUCAUCUGGGAACGUCACGGACAGAAUUUCUAGGAAGAGUUGAAAAACUUCUAUUUCCAAUUCUUCGGCUUGGCAAAAGGAAACUUUUUUUUUUCCAUGCUGGCUUUGAUCCGAGCUAGAAGUUAGUUUCUCUCUUCCAGGAGGAGCCGGCAUUCCCAGUUAGCAGGCGGGAAUAUUAUUCCCACGGUGAAAGGUUUAAGACUGGACUACAAGGAUGAAAAUGAGGAGGAGGUGUAAGGGUUAAAUCUGCUGCUUGCUAUGUAAGAGCAUCAGGCCAGGAGAUGAGACAGAGGAGAGAAAGAUGGAGGGAGAGAGGA